AUGUUUGAAUCAAAGGGUUUGUUGCUGUUAAUUAUUUCUUUUCAAAAGCUGGUUGGAGUGGUGGCGGUAAUGGGGAAGGGGAGACUUAGGGCAGUUAAAACAGGCCAAAAUUUGAGUGUUUCAUCCACUGGGUCAUUGAAUAUACAGUCAGGGCCGGUUUAUUACCCCAGUGAAGAGGAUUUUAGGGAUCCAUUAGCGUAUAUCUAUAAGAUCAGGCCUGAGGUUGAGCCAUAUGGGAUUUGUAAGAUUGUUCCACCUAAGACUUGGAACCCUCCAUUUGCCUUGAACGUGGAGUCGUUUACUUUUCCUACUAAAACACAAGCGAUUCACCAGUUGCAGGCUCGGCCUGCUUCGUGUGAUUCAAAGACUUUUGAGUUAGAGUAUAAUAGGUUUUUAGAAGGACAUUGUGGUAAGAAGAUGAAGAAGAGGGUGAUUUUUGAAGAGGAGUUGGAUUUGUGUAAAUUGUUUAAUGCAGUGAGGAGGUAUGGGGGUUAUGAUAAGGUUGUGGAGGGGAAAAAUGGGGGGAAGUUUUUGGUGAGGUCAGGGAAGAAGAUUUCGGAGUGUGCUAAGCAUGUUUUAUGUCAGUUGUAUAGAGAGCAUUUGUAUGAUUAUGAAGCUUAUUAUAAACGGCUGAAUCAGGAGAGGGCAAAGAGCUACAAGAGAGGCAUCAGUGAGGAUGCAAAGAGUGAAAAGAAGGUUAAAAUUUAUAGCUGCAAGAAGAGAAGGAAAAAUAGUGACCAUCGGAAUGUUAAGGUCUGUAAGGUGGAGGAAGAUCUUGAUCAGAUAUGUGAGCAAUGCAGUAGUGGGUUACAUGGGGAAGUGAUGCUACUGUGUGAUAGAUGUAAUAAGGGGUGGCAUAUAUAUUGUCUGUCACCACCCUUGAAGCAGGUCCCACCAGGUAACUGGUAUUGCUUUGAGUGCCUGAAUCCUGACAAAGAUAGUUUUGGUUUUAUUCCUGGAAAACAGUUUACAUUGGAAGCUUUUGGGCGUUUGGCUGAUAGAGCCAAGAAGAAAUGGUUUGGGUCAGGAUGUGUUUCGAGGGUACAGAUAGAGAAAAAGUUUUGGGAGAUUGUGGAGGGUUUGGCAGGUGAGGUGGAAGUUAUGUAUGGAAGUGAUCUGGAUACUUCUGUUUAUUUGAGUGGUUUUCCACGUAUAAAUGAUCAGAGGCCAGAAUCUGUUGAGCUUAAGGUAUGGGAUGAAUACUGUAGGAGCCCAUGGAAUCUCAACAACUUGCCCAAGUUGAAUGGUUCGAUUCUGAGGGUUGUUCAUCAUAACAUUACUGGUGUCAUGGUUCCUUGGCUGUAUAUUGGAAUGCUAUUCUCAUCUUUCUGCUGGCAUUUUGAAGACCAUUGUUUCUAUACAAUGAAUUACCUUCACUGGGGAGAGCCUAAAUGUUGGUACAGUGUCCCUGGUAGUGAAGCUAGUGCUUUUGAGAAGGUGAUGCGGGAGUGUCUCCCUGAUUUAUUUGAUGCGCAAGCUGACUUGCUCUUUCAGCUUAUUACAAUGUUAAAUCCAUCCGUCUUGCAAGAAAAUGGUGUCCCAGUCUAUAGUGUGCUACAGGAGCCAGGAAAUUUUGUCAAUACGUUCCCUAGAUCUUAUCAUGGAGGAUUCAAUUUGGGUUUAAAUUGUGCAGAGGCUGUAAAUUUUGCUCCUGCUGAUUGGUUACCACAUGGUGGGUCUGGGGCAGAGCUGUAUGAUUUAUAUCGUAAAGCUGCAGUUUUAUCUCAUGAGGAGCUUCUUUGUGUGGUGGCCAAGGGAGAUGCGAUGAACAUUUUACCUGAAUAUCACUUUAGAUUGAAGCUUUCAGAAUUGAAAGACAUUGGAUUGCAGUGGGCUGGUGAUGCCAAUAAGCUGAUUCUUGGGCACUUGGCUUUGAUGGAGUUUAUCAACUUAUCACAGAGGGGGAAAGUUUGCCAGUUUGCUUAAAGAAGGAACUUGAGUUAUUAAGAGCACGAAGUAUGCUUCAUUGCAUUUGUUGGAAGCCGUAUGAUGAGAAAACAAUGAUUAGUUGCACUUGAUGCGGCGAGUGGUACCAUAUCAGAUGCAUUAAAUUAACCUUCACACCGAAGGUUUUUAUCUGUGCAGCUUGCAUGCCUGGGAUUGAAUACCUGGUGUGGCGGUGUCCUCAUUGGAUCAUGUGAGAUACAAGGACGCCAAAUUUUUGGAACCACAAACCCCAUCUCCACGACAUAAAAAACCAAGAAUGGGACUGAAGGUGACAAUUAGAAAGAAGAGUGGUAUAUUUGUAGAUCCGAGCAGGUGCAGGAUAGAUCGAUUGAGGUGGUGAAACCGGAAGCCUUAUAGUAGAGCAGUGAAAAAGCGUUGUGAGAUUCAUAGUCUUUCUUCAUUUUUGCAUAGACCACACAGCCAAUGAUCUCAUAAAUUUGGAGUUGGAAAGCAUUUCAUUAAUUCAAUUGAUUCUUGAGGCUUAA